CUACACCUUAACUAGCAGGGAGCCCAACGCGACGACGCCCGGUACGAAGAUACCGGAGCGGAAUACGCGUCGCAGGAGGUCCUGUCUGGUAGGGUUUUUGGUUUGUAAGAUGAAGCUGCUUCACGGCAGUUGCUUUACGAUCGACACCGAGAACGGUUCGUGACUUGGGACGUCUGGCCGCACGGGUAUGCCCUCGACAGUGAUACGAAUGCCGGUGACCGGCGGCGGCGGUGGUGUUGGUGGAGGUCGUGGCGGUGGAAUUCUGAACGAACAUCGGAACCGUGGCUUACGGAUCGGAUGUUGCCGGGUGUGCACGUGCUUUAAUUUAGAAUUCUUCGUCUCGAAAAAUGGUAUCCUGAAGUGUUUUGAGCUAGUGCUGGGCUGGUUCUGUCAAACGAUGCUAGUCCAGUUCGGGAUGGACUCGGCAAAGGAUAUCGGCGAAGCGUUCUGGGGCUUCCUGACGACCUGCUCUGCCUUUCUGCUCACUACCACAAUCCUGCUGCUGUGCUACACAAUAUCGGCCCGCACCUUUCAUCUCGUCCGACAAUCCAUUUUUGAAGUGGUCUAUAAUGGAUUGGCGUGCGCAAUGUAUCUCAGUGCAUCUUCCUACCUCGGGUUUGCGGUGAACGUGUUUCUCUACCCAAAGUUUCUGAUGUUCAAAACUACCGGCGGUAUUCACAGUGCCUAUCCAGCGAUGACAGCCGUAUACUAUAUGGGAGGUAUCGUGGGACUUGUGUACGGAGUUGACGCCUUUGUUGCGUACCGUCACCUCAAAGGAUUUACGUGAAUGACGCUCCAGCGUUCGCUGGGACUUUUACUCCGUUACGCUUCCGAAGCGUUACAUUGCAGCCCAACAGGCGCAAACUGCUUUAUUGCUACUUUGCCAUUUUUAUAUCGCACACGUACGUGUGCUGUUAUAUUAGACUGGAUGCAUUUAUUAUUAUUAUUCUGCAAGCGUAACUAUCUCUGUAGGUGUAGAAAAAAAACAAAGGAAACUUAGUACCAUAAGUUGAUGUAUUUUAUUGAAUAAAAGUAAUUAUCAAUUCGCGUCACAAACAAAACGCUCAAGGAGGGUAUCAGCUUCCAAUUUCCCUUUUCCUUCCAUUUAUCCUCCCCCACCCCCGUUAAAUUUCUCACCAGAAUGCGCGGUGAAAGCGUUAGCGUCGCACAGGACGCGCGCACACGGUACGAGAGAAACGCAUCACGCCGUUGAGCGUAACGCAUGCCGCGACGCGUAGCAGAAGGUUGGAGAAGGACAGGCGCACAGGCGACCGAUAUUUCAACCGGCAUCGUACCGAUCAACAUCUCAGUCGAUCAACAGACUGCACCGGAUGCUGAUCGUGCGCGUGUUCGUUCUGGCGUAAGGCGCGUGUGACGAUUUUUUUUUU